AUGGACACAUUCCCGGCCUGCACAUUACGCCUGAGACCAAGACAUGCACACAUCACAAGGACUAAAGAUUGCAGCGGCCAUACAAAAACAGCACCAACAGAAAUAGCAGAAGUCUUCACGGACUUCUUCAAAACCCUUUACAAUCACUCCCCUGGGGACAACAAUGACAACAUAACAUAUCGAGAGGCCAUACACACUUACCUCACGAAACUACAACUACCCAAACUAAGCCCAACAACACAAACCGUCCUUGGUGCUGAGAUCACAGCAGACGAGAUAGACCAAGCCAUAACACGACUCAAAAGGGACAUAAAGCCCAUGGACCAGACAGAUAUGAGGGAAGCUACUAUUAAAAAAUAA